AUGCCAAAUUGUCCUGAUCCACUAAUUAAGAACCAGUCUGUAGCAACGUACUUCACCAACCGAGCACUGUGCUACCUGAAGCUACAACAAUGGGAGCUGGCCAUCAAGAACCAGUCCGUAGCAACCUACUUCACAAACCGAGCACUGUGCUACCUGAAGCUUCAACAAUGGGAGCUGGCCGCACAGGACUGUCGCCGGGCGCUCGAGCUGGACAACAGAUCGGUCAAGGGUCACUUCUUCCUGGGACAGUGUCUCGUGGAACAGGACUCGCAUGACGAAGCCAUUAAAAGUUUCCAAAGAGCCCAUGAGCUAGCUAAGGAACAGAAGCUAAACUACGGAGAUGACAUAGCCAGUGCCCUGAGAAUGGCCAGAAAAAAGCGGUGGAGUGUCCAGGAAGAGAAGAGAAUAGAGCAGGAGAUCGAGUUACAGUCCUAUCUCAACAAACUACUCAUAGGUGCAAAGGAAAAAGAAGUAGCAGAAGUCAUGGAAGAGGGGAGUGACAACGACAAAUGUCUCGAUGAAAUAAAAAGAAUAGAAGAAACGCACGAUCAUUACAUGGCUGAACUGAACACAUUAUUCUCACAGGUAGAUGAGAGACGAAGGAAGCGGGAAGUUCCUGAUUAUCUGUGUGGUAAAAUUAGCUACGAACUGAUGAGGGAUCCGUGUAUAACUCCCAGCGGUAUCACGUAUGAUCGAAAAGACUUAGAGGAGCACCUUCAGCGGGUCGGCCAUUUUGACCCCGUAACUAGGCAACAGCUGACCAAGGAUCAACUGAUCCCCAACCUAGCCAUGAAGGAGGUCAUCGACCAUUUUGUCAAGGAUAACCAGUGGGUGGACGACUACUAACUUCAACAGCUACAGCAAUCUACAGGAGGGUAGAUAGCUACUAAUUUCAACAGCACAAAUCUAGCAGCUUCCAGAACCAA